GGCGAUUUGCAUCGUCCUGUGCACAAACAAAGAGGAUGCCACGGAACGCCGUCCUGCGCGGGAUCAAGCGACUCAUGUACAAGAAGGACAUUGCGGCAACAGAGGCCGACUACGGCGUCUCGAUCCGCGAAGCCCACCAAGCGUACCGCGAGGCCAUUGCCGUUGCGCGCCACGAGCUCGAGAAAAGCUUGGAGGCUGCCGCGCUCGACAUCGAUCGCGUCAUGCACCGCCUCCGUGACGCCGGCGACGAGGUGAGCACGCACCCCGAUUUUGUCGCGGCCCACGAGCACAUGAAUGCGAUUCGGCUCGCUGGCGCCAAGCGGCUGGCCGACAUUGACGACGAGUUGCAGUCGAGCCUUGAAGAGCUCAAGCGGUCGUAUAUGGAGAAGAUGUCUUCGUGGACAUAACGCAGUUUUGCUCGUCUGUAGUCUAAGUAGGUACUAGUAGUCAGUUUAAAAACGUGUAUUUCGUGAGUCGCGAAGCUUCAAGCUUUUGGUCGGCAUGGGUGCGACGACCGG